UCUAACUUGACUAACUGCACUUAGUCAAGUUCUGCACUUAAUUCCAAAUUGUGUAAGUGCGCGGAAGUGACGCAAGACGCUCACAAGACUACACCAUUGGAUUGGCCGUGGAACGAGAAAGAGAGAGAGCGAGAGAGAGAGAGAGAGCGAGCAGUUGUACAUCUCUGAGGGAUUCAUCGGAGCUAAACGAUAAGAAGCAAGACGAGCCGAACCUGAGUCCAGACCACAUUCAUCAAAGCCUGUGAGAUGCUCAGCAACCACCUGAGAGGUGAUUUUCAGCAUUCAGACAAACCAGUGUGCUAAGACGCGCCCGUCUCAUCAUCAGUGGGUAGCCCAUGCACAUGCAUGACACCAUGGGUAGCUCCCCUGAAGUGCUCUCGUGGACUUCCUGCCCCAGUCUGCUGGUAGGCAAGCUGAAGGAGGAGCUCAAACUCACUGUGGUUGGGGAUGCCAUGAAGAAAUCAAAUUCGCCCAACUCCCAACCUCAGCCUCCUCAGGCUCCUCCUUCCAACUUACCUCCUCAGAUUAUCACAGACCUGGCCCCGCCAACGCACCUGCCCGUUCCCCUGCAAACACUGCAGACGCCUGGCCAGGACGAGGACUCAGUGCUGGGGGGAAUAAGUCCCCCAAACACAGCCUUGAGCGUGGACUCAACACGGAGUGAGGGUGGGCACUUUGACAACAGCGUGCUUCAGCUGCAGGAGCAGGAGCAUGAUGAAGCCGGAUCACCGGCCUCCUGUGAGCAUGGCGGGUGUGGCAGUGGGAUGGAGGAGCAGAUGGGAGAAGGAGACUGUCCCAUGGACCACAGUGGAGAGGGGAAACAGGGCCACCCCCAUCACCCUGAUGACAUUAAGCUGCACUUCCACAGAGCAGGGCCUGGGUCAGGUGGUUUUUUAGAGGGGCUGUUUGGCUGUCUUCGGCCUGUGUGGAACAUCAUUGGGAAGACAUACUCGACAGAAUACAAGCUACAACAGCAAGACAUGUGGGAGGUCCCAUUUGAAGAGAUUUCGGAGUUGCAGUGGCUGGGCAGCGGUGCACAAGGAGCCGUCUUCUUGGGCAAGUUUCGCUCUGAAGAGGUGGCCAUCAAGAAGGUGCGCGAGCAGAAGGAGACAGACAUUAAACACCUGCGAAAACUCAAGCAUCCAAAUAUCAUUAGCUUCAAGGGUGUGUGCACUCAGGCACCUUGUUACUGCAUCAUCAUGGAGUACUGUGCUCAGGGCCAGCUGUAUGAGGUGUUGAGGGCGGGGAGGAAAGUGACCCCCCGGAUGCUGGUGGAUUGGGCCUCAGGCAUCGCCAGCGGCAUGAACUACCUACACCUGCACAAGAUCAUCCACAGAGAUCUCAAGUCUCCUAAUGUUUUGGUCACCCACAACGACACUGUGAAAAUCUCUGACUUUGGAACAUCCAAAGAGCUCAGUGACAAAAGUACAAAGAUGUCAUUUGCUGGUACGGUGGCCUGGAUGGCCCCAGAAGUGAUAAGAAACGAGCCUGUGUCUGAAAAAGUAGACAUCUGGUCAUUUGGAGUUGUGUUAUGGGAACUGCUGACUGGAGAGAUUCCCUACAAAGAUGUGGACUCCUCUGCCAUCAUUUGGGGUGUUGGCAGCAACAGCCUUCACCUUCCCGUCCCCUCCACCUGCCCGGAUGGCUUCAAAAUCCUAAUGAAACAAACAUGGCAAGGAAAGCCCAGGAACAGGCCUUCAUUUCGUCAGAUCCUCCUACACCUUGACAUUGCAGCUGCUGAUGUCUUAGGAGCUCCACAAGAGACCUACUUCAAGUCUCAGUCAGAAUGGAGGGAGGAAGUGAAGAAACAUUUUGAGAAGAUCAAAAGUGAAGGCACCUGUAUCCACAGGCUGGACGAAGAGCUGAUCCGACGCAGACGGGAUGAACUCAGGCACGCUCUGGAUAUCCGGGAGCACUAUGAGAGGAAACUGGAGAGGGCCAACAACCUCUACAUGGAGCUCAGUGCCAUUAUGCUGCAGCUGGAGGUCCGAGAGAAGGAGCUCAUGAAGAGAGAGCAGGCGGUGGAGAAGAAAUACCCCGGGACCUACAAACGCCACCUGGUCAGACCCAUUGUCAGGUCCAACGCUGUAGAGAAGCUCAUCAAGAAGAAAGGAAGCAUUUCCCACAAACCUGGGAUGCCCCCCACUAAAAGGCCAGACUUACUUCGUUCUGAUGGGAUCCCUAGUGUCGACCCUCUCCCCUCCCCCUCGCCAUUAUCAGCCAGCCCGAAGGUGUCCACACCUCCUGGCAAAGCCCGGUACCGAAGCAAGCCUCGUCACCGCCGCGCCAACAGUAAAGGAAGCCACAGUGAAUUCCCUGGGCUGUUGAAGCCUGUUGCCGGGGCCCCAGAAGACACCCAGUCUCUUCAGGAGCAGCAGUUCCACCAUCACCAUCACCACCACCACCCACCAACCGAGGCGCCCUUCCUCCCCUUGAAGGGCCGCGAGGAGGCCGUUGUCAACUGUGCCAACAACCUCCGCUACUUUGGCCCUGCAGCUGCUCUCCGUAGCCCUCAGACAGACCAUCUGCAGCGCAGAGUGUCUGGCUCCAGCCCUGACCUCAUUUCCACGGCUGUAGAUGCUGACACUCGACAGCGAACUUCAUCCACCAGCUCUAACCCCGUCCCGGGUGCUGGUGCCGGUUCUUUGUGUCCCUGCUGCCAGGCCCAUCCCUUCCCUGGCUGUCUACACUGUCAGGAGACCCCUCCUGCAUUGAACCACCCAGAGUUGCCCCAGUACUCACUGCUUAACACCCAAGAGGGCACCCCAUCUUCUUUAGGGGCCCCUGGCAAAGAUCCAGCCUCAGAUGGAGAGGCCACAAAGAAGGCUGAGCAGCAGGAACAAGAGACAUGCCAACACACUCACGCCCUGCCCAGUGCACUGCCCCGCACUCUCAGACCUCUCAGGAAGGGUGGCGAUGAGUCAUCUGAAGAGGAAGAGGGAGAAGUUGAUAGUGAAGUGGAGUUUCCAAGGAGACAGAGGCCUCAUCGCUGCAUGAGCAGCUUCCAGUCCUACUCCACCUUCAGCUCAGAGAACCUGUCGGUGUCUGAUGGAGAGGAGGGAAACACCAGCGACCACUCCCACAGUGGGCCUCUGGAGAGGCUGAGCGCCAGUCAAGAGGAGCACCUGGAUGAGCUGCUGUCGCACACACCAGACAUCCCCAUCGACAUCUCCACCCAGUCAGACGGCCUCUCUGACAAGGAGUGUGCUGUCCGCAGGGUGAAGACCCAGAUCUCACUGGGAAAACUGUGCUCUGAUGAACACAGCUACGAGAAUCCACUACAGUUUGGGGACUCAGACUGUGAUUCAUCAGACGCAGAGUGCUCCGAUGCCACCAUCAGAAACAACAAAGUUGGGGCUCCUUCCUCAUGGUGAAACCCGCCUUAGGGCUUGGUUCUUUUUUGUUUUUCGCCUGGAGGCCAUCAUGUCCCACUCUGCCCUGCAGAAACUACAGCAAUAAAAGGACAAACAUUGUAAAAAAAUAAAAAAAUAAAAAUAUAGCCUCCCUAUAGCAAAGCCCCAUGCAGUCCCCCCACCCUCCAUAAAACCCAGUUUCCCUCAUUUCUAGCACAGCAUCCAGGCAACCCAUGGCAGGGAUUCCCUUUUGAAUGAUAAUGUACAGUAGAUAGUGUAACAUUCAUAAUUUAUUUUUGUCUGAGAGUUUGAAGGAAAAUUCAGGACCUCUGUAUAUUCUCUGAUACGAACAGAGAAAAAAAAAACAUUUUGAAACUGAGCGUGGGCUGAUUGUGUGUUGGGGAGAGACUGAGAUUGGAUGAAGAUCUGGACGAUGAGAAGAAGGAUGUGUUGGGGUGCUGAUGCAUCAGAAGCUGACAGCCAGCAGUGUGGAGUUACAUCACUGCUCAGGUGACUGAGGCAGACAAGGAUUUGAUCUUGCUACGGUUGCUCUCAGCAUCUUACUGCUUUAGACCAAAAUCCCCAACCAUUAAGAACUUCUCUUACUAAAGUAAGACCGACCUGCUUUAUCUUGAGUUUACAGUGCAGAGCCCCAGUUAAAUCACCUCCCCUAUUUUCAACCCGUCCCCACCCAGAUGAGUGGGGAACGGGGAUCUCAUGAAAACCCUGUGAACACCAGCAUGAACAACCUGCCUCACAAGCAGACACCCUCCCUCCCUGGAAAACCGCCACACGUGUUUAGUCAUCAGGAUCCCCGCUCAACUGUCCUAGCAUGCCUGUGCAGCUCGCAAAUUGCAAAAGCUGCCAGAAGACUGCAUGAAGUGGGCCAGCUAGCAGAGCAACAGGGCUGAAGACUCAGCUGACGGCUAAGGAAAAGACAAAACAAAACAAAACAAAAAAAAGAGACUCCUCCUCUGUGACCCAGCUUAUCCUUCUCCAAGACACGCCAAUGUCAUCGUCAUCGUCAAUCAGAUGUCAUGACCAGAGUUGUUGAGGGCGUUAUCUCUGUGUGUGUUUGUGUGUGUGUGAAAGAGAGAGAGAGAGUGUGUGUGUGAAUACAAAACCCUUUUCUCUCCGUUACACAUCACAGUUUCAAGUCUCAUCUCAGGAUUGUUUGAGGACUGUAAGAAACUGAAUUGGACCAAUUACUGGAUGUAGAAGUCUUCUGUGAGUGGCACAUAUUAUGGACCAUGCAGGAAUAAUUUAAAACGGUCCUGCAGUUAGCCUUGAUGUUCAACCUGUAAUUGCUGUAACAGACAUUGAUGUUAAUGUAGAGUUGUAGAGCGGUUGUAGUUGCAGUCCAGGUGCAGUAUCCCAUUUCUUGAAAUCAGUAGGUGCAACAUCUCCCAUUUACCAUUUUCUAGCAGGGUAAUUCAUAUACAAACUAUAAAAGGCAGUGUCCAAAAAUGCUUAUUGUUUGAUUGUGCUGUAGUGGAUAAAACAGCAAUAAUGUAGGUUGGCACUCAGGUGAGAAUGAAGUUGCUUGCUCAGGAUCCGGGGCGUCUAGCUGGCUAGACACAAUACAGUGACUGGUGGCUAGAGGAGAGCAGCAAGUGUCAAACAGCUUAUUAUAGAUGCUGUAUUUUUAAAUUGUCCCAUUUUUGUGAAAUUGCCUUUCCAGAUAUUGAUGCUCAGGUUUUAUUUUGCUGAUUGAUAGUAGGAGCAAUAUAUCAAGAGCCACUAGAUGGCGAUAAUUACAAUGAGUUUCUCUGUGUCAUGUAAACAUCCUGGUUCGAUUCUUUUUUCUUUUUUUUUUUUAACCAUCCAAGCCAAUUUCUCUAAUGUUUUCCUUGAUUGUAAAAGCCCAGGAAUCCCAGCAAUAUAACUUUUUUGUCUUGUUGUCUUUGAAAAGGGAUACUGCAUCUGUAAAAGCUUUAUUUUUGUCCCCGUUAGAGUGUUUGCCAUCCACCUUAAUGACUUUACGGUUGAAAAUUUGCCAGCCAGGGUUGAAUUUAACAAUAAUGAUGUCAAGAUGUCAGCUCAAGUGUAUGCAGACGGCUGAGUUUCUAAGUUAGGAAUAUAAGCCAGAGACAAGGCCACAGAGCAUUUAAGCUGCUCUUGGUUUUCAGCAACCUCAUCUCAGUGUUAGUUACUCCUGUAUAUAGGCGUCUGUAAAUGUAAUGUAACCCGUUUUUGUCCUCUCUCUUUAACGUAUCGCACAGCUCUGACAGAGCAUCUGUCACUGAUGACCAGCCGAGGGGUUGAAAAUGAGCAGAAAAAUCUGUAUUACGUCAGUAUUGAAGACUGCAGGAGGGUGUGAGUCAUGAGUAGCACAAGGUGAAUCUAAAACUGUGCUGAUGGGUAAAUUGCUUGAAAGGCUUGUACCUUGUACUGAAAGCAGCUGCUGCCUUUCCUCAAGCCUCCGUCAACCUUCUUCACUCUGUUUACGUACGUGAGAAAUAACCUAGUGUAUUGUAAUGACUGGGUAAUCCGAUCAAGCUGUUAAUAACAUUGUCUUUCUGGCAUAUAUCCUGUGAAGUAUGUUGUAAAGGUUUAAUUUAAUUUUGAUUCUUUUAUUUUUCUUUGUAGCUGGCCUACAUGAUUAUUGAUUAAUUUAUUUUGAAUGAAUGAUAAGGUGUUGCAUCUUUUUAAUUUCAGGCAGCUUUGGAAAUCUCAUGACCUAUGAUUUCUCCUCAAAAGUAUUAUUUAAAGGAAGCACAAUGAAUUGGUAUGGACAGUAUUUGUACGGUAGAACAAAGGCAUUGUUGGGAAUCUGAUGUCAUUUUUAUCUUUGUGACCCCUGCAGGGGGACCAUUCAUCAUUUAGAUUAUCGUUGUGGAUGAAUUACUGAUUUAACAGACUUAAAAUCAAAAAUUAGCGAGUGUUCCUAAAGUUUUUUUUGAUCUCAACGCGAGCUAUAAGGAAUCACUUCUACUACAACCAAAAGUCGGUCAAUGCGCUGUCACAGCAGAGCAAAUGAAACGUUAAGCCUGAAGGCAUUUGUUUUGACGAUUUCUGUAUUUCUGCAGAGAUCCCUUCCUCUCAUUUUUAAUCAGAACACCAGUUACUCACAUUUGAAUUUCUGUGAAAUUGUCUCUAACUGUAGACAUCAUUUUGCCUCAUCCCAUGUAUCAGACAUCCAUUUCUUUGUUUCUCUCAUUUCUGACUCCCUUUCCUGUUGAAUGGCAUUACGAUCAACCAAUCCUGUCAGUUUCCUGUAUUAUCCAGUGUACAGUGCAAUGGGUAUCUGGGAGAAUAAAAUCAGAGCAAACAACUGCAUGGAAUAAAUGAUGCUGAUGUACUGUACCCAACACACUGUGGUCUGUCUCCUCUGUCAUGUUCUUGGUGAUUAAAAAAGUCAUAUAUCUAA